UCCUUGCUGGUUGCUAAGACACUCUGGUUUCGCUCCUUGACAACCCUGGCGGGGGUGCGCUAGCUGCGGCCCCGGCUCCGGCCCCCGCGGGAGCAGCACCCCUUGGGGAGAGACGUUCUCUGCUCCCACCAAAUUGGCAGGGCCUGUUUCCCGAAUCUCCCUGGUGUGUCUUAACUGCCAGGCCCAGCACCUGGAGGCAUCGCUCGCUCCUCCGGUGGCCACAGUGGGAGGAUCAUGGGAGAAACAGAAGGGAAGAAAGAAGAGGCUGAUUACAAGCGGCUGCAUACCUUCCCCCUGGUCAGGCACUCGGACAUGCCAGAGGAGAUGCGGGUGGAGACCAUGGAGCUGUGUGUCACGGCCUGUGAGAAAUUCUCCAACAACAAUGAGAGCGCCGCCAAGAUGAUCAAAGAGACGAUGGACAAGAAGUUCGGCUCCUCCUGGCACGUGGUCAUCGGCGAGGGCUUCGGGUUUGAGAUCACACACGAGGUGAAGAACCUCCUCUACCUGUACUUCGGGGGGACGCUGGCUGUGUGUGUCUGGAAGUGCUCCUGACACCGUCCCAGCCCCUCCUCCCCGCCCCCCCGCAGGUCUUCUUCCUGCCACCGGCCAUCUGGGCUGGGGCGCAGUUCCCCGCAGGUCCUGGUUUUUUCGAAGGAGUCUGGGGUCUUUUCUUCUGUCCUUGUGUCCCAGUCUCCUGCGCCCAGUGUGUGAAUUUGUCAACAUCCCUGUCCCCAGGCUUCCUGCCUUUUCACUGCGCCCCGGGUGUGUGUGGGGCCCAGGCAGCGGUCUGGGUGCAGGUGGGCGGGAGAUGGGCAGGCAGGAGGGGGUGAGGAGACAGCCUUUUUCUCAUGGGGACCUGCCAGGCCCACCUCUCUGGGGGCUGCUCUGCCCUCACAGCCCAGGAGUCCCAGCCCCCUAGCCCUGCGGGUGAGUGUCCACCAUCCUGGUCUUGACCAGCCGCCUGCAGACAGCCCCAGGAGGGAGCCGCUCCUCCCAGGGACACUGGCCGCUUCUCUUCCUAUGCUCUGGAGAAGCUGUGGCCCCCAGAAGCCCCUUCCCUUACCUGAGCCCAGGCAGAACCAAGCACUGCAUCUCACUGGACUGCCAGCCCACAGCCCGGCUCCAGCAUGAGGCCGGCGCCUCCUGCCCUGCACCUCCGCCACUGGUCUGGGCGCCUUGUCCACGGCCUCCUCCCGAGCGUGCUGGGAACCAGUGGCUGAGGGGCGGGAGCUGCCAUCGAAGUUUCUCCAGGGGCCGCCAAGCCCGGUGAGAGGCCUGGGCCCGGAGCGCGCUCACCGGGAGGCCUGUUGCCGCAGGGAAGCCUGGCCUGCAGUUUCUUCUCAUCAGGGACCGCAUGCUGAUUUGUACUUGAUCUCUGCUGGGUUUUCUAUGUUCUUUUUGAGUGUGGGAGACGGGUUUUAGUAGAAGGUGAAUCCUAUUUUACACAGUGGUCUUAUUUAUAUAAAUGUCUGGGUUUUUACAAUUAAAAUGACCGAAAACAGCUUGACUUACAGCCUCUUGCGU